AUGGCUGCAGUCACCACCCAAGCUUCGGUAGCCGGUAUCAGGCCGUGUGCCUCGAAGACGAGGUUCCUCACCGGAUCAUCGGGGAGAUUAAACCGUGAGGUCUCGUUCAAGCCGGUGGCUUCAGGCUCAUUCAAAGUUGAAGCCAAGAAAGGCCAGUGGCUACCUGGCCUAGCUUCCCCUGGUUAUCUAGAUGGCAGGUACUUAUAUGGAAACAUGUUUACUUCUGUGUACAAGGUAAGUUUAGUGUGCUUAAGGAUAGUAAUUUACCUUUGUUUCUUCAUUCAGUCUUCCGGUGACAAUGGAUUUGAUCCUUUGGCGCUAGCUGAGGACCCUGAGAACUUGAAAUGGUGUCAGGCAGAGCUUGUUAACGGACGAUGGGCUAUGUUAGGUGUUGCUGGAAUGCUGCUACCUGAGGUUUUCACCAAGAUUGGUCUGAUCAAUGCUCCGGAGUGGUAUGAUGCUGGAAAAUCCGAGUACUUCGCAUCAUCAUACCCUGGAAGUGUAAAUCAGGAUCCCAUCUUCAAGAGCUACAGUUUGCCACCAGGUGAAGUUGGUUACCCAGGCGGCAUCUUCAACCCUCUGAAUUUCGCGGCUACUGAAGAGGCUAAAGAGAAAGAGCUUGCCAAUGGAAGACUGGCAAUGUUGGCAUUCUUAGGGUUUGUGGUUCAACACAAUGUGACCGGAAAAGGACCAUUCGAGAACCUUCAGCAGCACCUAGCUGACCCAUGGCACAACACAAUUGUUCAAACUUUCAGCGGCUCAACAUAG